CUGAUGAUGAAAGAAUCGCCCUUAACCGCGUUGUUGACAAGAGCUAGCUAACCAGCUGCCAAUGCUGGCUAUGGUGAAAUAUGUUACAUUAUCAGUUGUGUAUGUUUGACAGCCUUUCGUUGCUAAAAUAUCUUAUUUAAAUUAGCUAAGAAAAACGACUAAUGGAAUGGAGGACCCGUGGGAUUUUGAGUUUUUAUCUCGAAUAGUUGAGGGCUUGGUGUCAUUUCUGUCUGAAUUUGUGGAUGACUGGACGGCAAAUGACAUGAGAGUCGCUGUGUUCAAAAUAUUGUUUAGUUGGCUUGUUCUGAGCCUUAUUGCUAUCCAUUUUGCUUGGAAGGUAUAUGGAAAUACCGUCAACGACAUGUAUUAUCGACAAGGUACGGGUGGACAGAACGGAGGCACACCUGAUACUGCACCUCACUUAAGUGGUUGGGAGAGUGCAUCGGGAGAUGCUCUGAAGACUCAUCGCGAGUAAGUGAUGACCUGCAAAGCUUCUUGAACUGAAGCCCCAGAAUCGGGAUCUAGUAGCAACUUUUCUUUGAAGAGGCUAUAUGGUUUGCCUACAAGAAGACUUGGGCAGCAUUCACAGGAUGCUAAGACGUGAAAAUGAAGAUGUAUGUCCGUUCAAAACAAGCUUUGCAGAGUAUAUUGGGCUCUCUUCUACCUAAUUCAACGUGGAGUUCCGGACAUGAGUGGUUGAGAGUGAAGGGUGUUGAGGCUGGCCGAUUCUCCAACAGGGAAUGCAGUGGACAGAUUCUCCAUGCCUGAUCUUUCCUCUGAAAACCACCUCAACAACAAUCCCAUGGAUAGUGGUGUGGGUGGAGUAAACAAAAAGAAUAGGCAGGAUUCCAAGGGAGGAGAUGCAACAGCCAAUGAAGCUGCCAAGUCGCGUGUACCCCUGUCAUUUCUGACAUGGUGGAAAUUAAAUUAAAUUGAAAUGAAGAUGGCACUUGGACUAUUAUAAAUGUAUUCAUUUGGCCAUUGAACAACACUGCCUAAGCUAUUUAAAAAAAACACACAAACUGGCGAACUUAAUGACCCAUCCCUUCAACAACCUAUUGUAUUUGAGUUGAUUAGAUCAGGAAGGCAAGUCACGACGAGCAUUCAGAUGAGACGUAAUGGUAUGCUUGCCAUGGUGCUGUCUGCUGGAAAGACAAUACAAGCAUAUUGGUUCAGUCUGUCUGGAAGUGUUGGGUGGGAAAUGAUCUAUAAAACCUGUGGAAAGUGUCCUAUAAAGGGGUGCCUUUUAAUAUGCAGAAUUUAGAAAGUUGGACCGCCAAUCUGAAACUUUGUGGUCACAUUGUGUUACAAUGUUACUUCUCAGGGGUACAUUGCCAUAGUAGGACAUGCAGUAAUUCUGACCAGCUUUUCAGGACCACAUAAACUAAACGGCUCUUGGAAUGUGUCAUUUUUUUUACUAAUCAUAUUAGUGUAUUGAAUUAAAACAAUAAACGUAUAAGGAUAAUUAAUUUAUAAUAAGGAUAAUUUACUGAUUUUGAUUAUUUUUACCUAAAUCUAAGACCUCAUGACCGUAUAUGGAAAUAUCAAAUAAAAUCAUGGUCUACAUUUUCGGAUGCAAAAAA